GUAAUGGUUAACUGCGCACAACAUGUCCUAAAGCAGCAAUCUACAGGAACGAAAACGAGAUCAAAAUGGUGGUUACUAAGAAUUCUUCGCCAACUGAUGAGGAUGACAGAUUAUACCAAGAACUCAAAGCCUUCGACGACUCAAAGGCUGGCGUUAAGGGCCUCGUUGAUGCUGGCAUCACCAAACUCCCUAGAAUUUUCAUCCGUCCACAAGACCAUGCCACCGGCGAACCAAACACAACGCAAUUCACUACUCCAAUUCCUGUGGUCGACCUUAGAGAUGUCAAGUUCCGACGAGAUGAGGCGGUGUCUCGUGUUCGGCGAGCGGCAGAGGAGGUGGGGUUCUUCCAGUUAGUCAAUCAUGGUGUGGCCAAGGAAGUGUUGGAGAAGAUGUUGGAGGGCGCCCGUGCGUUUCACGAGCUUCCAAGAGAAGUGAAAGAGGAGUAUUAUAGUAGGGAGGUGAAGAGGAAGGUGAAGUAUAAUAGUAACUUUGAUUUGUAUGAAUCAAAGUCUGCUAAUUGGAGGGAUACACUGUUUUGUGCUAUGGGGCCUCAGCCUCUUGAUCCUCAAGAGCUGCCUUUUGUUUGCAGGGAAAUAACAUUAGAGUACUCCAGGCUUGUUUAUAAAUUAGGGAUUUGUUUGCUUGAAUUACUCUCUGAAGCCCUUGGACUGAAGCCUGAUCAUCUGCUAAGUUUGGAUUGUGCAAAAGGGCAUUGUCUUCUUAGUCACUACUACCCAGCAUGCCCCGAGCCUGAGCUUACAAUGGGUACUACCAAACACUCUGAUCCUGCUUUUCUCAACAUUCUUCUUCAGGACCAUGUUGGUGGACUCCAGAUUUUCCAUCAGAAUCAGUGGAUCGAUGUUCCUCCGGUGCCUGGAGCUCUUGUAGUAAACAUUGGAGAUCUUUUACAGCUUAUGUCUAACGACAAGUUCAAAAGUGUGGAGCAUCGCGUACUGGCAAGUCAUAUAGGCCCCCGGGUGUCUGUGGCUUGCUUUUUGACACCAAAUUUAUACCCAUCAACCAGGAUUUACGGCCCAGUGAAGGAGCUGUUAUCAGAGCAAAAUCCUCCUGUAUACCGUGAGACCACAGUGCAAGACUUUAAUGCCUACUAUAAUUCAAAAGGACUUGAUGGAAAUUCUGCUCUUACUCAUUUCAAGUUCCCAAGAAUCAUUUGCAUUACCAAACAGAGAAUGGAUAUCUCAGUCGGUGGCAACCCAUCUUCUGAAACUGUAUCGGAUUAUGAUCGAGCUAGAGAGCUUCAAGCUUUUGAUGACUCCAAAGCUGGCGUCAAAGGACUAGCGGAUGCUGGAAUUCUGAACGUUCCAAGGAUAUUCAUUCGCCCACCUUCUCCUAAUGAGCUUGUUCACAAGUCAAAUCAUCACAAGAACAAUCUGCAGGUUCCUCUUAUAGAUCUUGGAGGCAAACACGAGGAGGUUGUUGAUCAAGUUAGGAGUGCAUCCGAGACAUGGGGCUUUUUCCAAGUGGUAAAUCAUGGGAUCCCCUUGAAUGUGUUGGAAGGGAUGAUUGAAGGAGUUGUUAAGUUUAAUGAACAAGAUGUUGAGGUGAAGAAAGAAUGGUAUACACGUGAUGUGAAGAAACAAGUGACUUUCAAUACCAACUUCGAUCUGUUUCAAUCAAAAGCUGCCAAUUGGAGGGAUACAAUCACUUUUCCUGUGUUGGCUUCUGAGAAUUUUGAUCCUCAGCUACUCCCUGCAGCUCUCAGAGAUGUCGCAAUGGAGCAUGCCGAACGAGUCAGAAAGUUAGGAGACACUCUAUUUGAAUUACUGUCGGAGGCUCUAGGCCUGAAACCUGAUCAUCUUAAAGGCCUUGAAUGUGCUGGAAAAUGCACAUGUGUAGGCCACUACUAUCCCCCAUGCCCACAGCCAGAGCUUACAAUUGGAAUAAGCAGUCACUCUGAUCCUUCAUUCCUUACAGUUCUGGUGCAAGAUCACACUGGCGGUCUCCAAGUCUUGCAUGAAAAUCAGUGGGUUGAGGUUCGCCCCAUUCCAGGGGCCUUGGUGGUAAAUAUAGGGGACUAUCUCCAGAUCAUCUCAAACGACAAGUUUAAGAGCGUCGAUCACAGAGUGGUAACCAAUAACGUUGCCCCAAGGGUGUCUGUGGCCUGCUUUUUCACAGGAAGAGAUAGUGUACCCCCGAAAUCCUACGGCCCCUUGAAAGAGCUGAUUUCAGAAGAAAAUCCACCUCUCUACAGAAACUUCCUGGUCUCUGAAUUUUUUGGCAAAUAUUUUGACGGGGGAUUGGAUGGGAAGGCUACCCUGGACAAAUUCAAGCGAGGAAGCUAGCAGUAUGAUUGUGGUACUACAAAGCAGUCUUUGGAAACAACUGGUACAAAGUUGUUUAAUAAAACUUCCAUGUUAUCUAUAUUCUGUACUUAAAUAAGUUCUCAGGUAUAGAUCAGAAUAGCUGCAUUCAAACACCAGCUACUUUAUGCGUUUCUCAA